AUGUUCAUCUUGUACAUGUUGAUAACGGGUGUUUCUGCCUUCACCAUUCAGCCGGAGGAGCACACAGGUGAGGAGCACGCAGGUGAGGAGCACACAGGUGAGCAUGCAGGUGAGGAGCACACAGGUGAGCACGCAGGUGAGCAUGCAGGUGAGCACACAGGUGAGCAUGCAGGUGAGGAGCACACAGGUGAGGAGCACACAGGUGAGCACGCGAGUGAGGAACACACAGGUGAGGAGUACGUGGGUGAGGAGCAUGCAGGUGAGGAGCACACGGGUGAGGAGCACACGGACUUGCUACAGGGUGCCGGACCUCAGAUCUCCACUUCCCGUGUGCUCUGGAAGUUGUCGGGGACAAUGUUCAUCUUGUACAUGUUGAUAACGGGUGUUUCUGCCUUCACCAUUCAGCCGGAGGAGCACACAGGUGAGGAGCACGCAGGUGAGGAGCACACAGGUGAGCAUGCAGGUGAGGAGCACACAGGUGAGCACGCAGGUGAGCAUGCAGGUGAGCACACAGGUGAGCAUGCAGGUGAGGAGCACACAGGUGAGGAGCACACAGGUGAGCACGCAGGUGAGCAUGCAGGUGAGGAGCACACAGGUGAGGAGCACACAGGUGAGGAGCACGCGGGUGAGGAGCAUGUGGGUGAGGAGCACAUGGGUGAGGAGCACACGGGUGAGGAGCACACAGGUGAGGAGCACACAGGUGAGAAACAGAUCCUUCAGCUGGAAAGGAGUUGCCCGCAGCUUCUCUGGGGAAGGCAGUUACCUAGUGGGAUUUCGCUGUCAUCGGUUCACCCAUGUNUCUCAUACCCGCAAAUCCUAACCUUGUCAACCUCCGGGGUAUUAGUGUGUCCUGACCUGAGAGAAUUCACCCACAACCAAACUGAUGUGAAGAUUCAGUGGUAUAAGGACUCUGUUCUUUUGGAUCAAGACAAUGAGAAAUUUCUAAGCGUGCGGGGGACCACUCGCUUACUCGUGCACAACGUGUCCCUGGAGGACGCGGGCUAUUACAGCUGUGCCACCACCUUUGCCCAGGAAGGCAGGCAGUACGACGUCACCAGGAACAUUGAACUGCGCGUCCACAGUGAGUACCUGCUGCUGCGGGACUUUCCACCCUGGUUCAAUAGGAAGCGUGUGGAGAAUGCAGCAGGGUUCACAAGAAAUUCCUUGAAUGUGUCUGGAAUGAAGGGCAAAGGCAAAAUGAUACCCCGACUUUCCUGAAGUAUCAGGCUAAUACGACGAGUGUGAUACUCUGAAAGGUUGUUAUGAAGGGACAGAAUCCCUGGGCAGUUGACAGGGUUCAAGGACUGAGGCUACAACACGCCGCUAGAGGGGGCUGAACAAUGGUUUCCUUGGAAGGUGCCUUUGGGAAGUCCCCUGUGGAAGGCUGGCACCUACAGGGCCAGCUAUCAGAACACAGUAGCCGAAACUUUAUGUAAGUUUCUAGGAUACUAGGAAUUUAUUUGGUUUCUCAACCAGGAGGCAUAUACA